CAACAUUUACAACAACCCAAAGCAAAACAAAAAGCUUCACUAGUCCUUACUCCUAAACACUUUAGUUCAGCCUUAAGAAACACAAAACCCUUUUUCAAAAUGAUUAAUACUCAAAACACCCUUUUCGUCUUCCGACCAGACCAACAGGCUCUCGCACCUCAACCUCUGACUCCAUUCUCUGCCGUGACUGCGAACCGUGCCUCAGCCAUACGUAGGUGCCGCCUCAUGAUCUCUGCCAAAACUCUCGAAAUGAUUCUCGAGGAUGAGAUAGCACCAGAGGAUGAUCAUCCAAGCAUUGCCCCUUCGUUGGAUUCUCUUUUGGUGUGUCCAGCGACCUCUUGUUUCUAAGACAUCAAGAAACAAGUCUCUUCUCUGUUUUACCGAAGCUACAAGUGCCCUUGAUCAUCCUUCACCACAAGUAUUGUGUGUUUUCUUGUAAUAGAUAAGUUAGUGAUGUCAUUUAAGUGCAAGUAUUUUUUUCUUGUAAUUUAUGGCUUGGUGCUUUUUUUCAGAAGUCAUUUCAAGUUUUUUUUUCUUCCUUUUUAUAGUUUCCACCAGAUAAUAAUUAAUCUUGUGAAACUGUUGUUUGAAAAUAUGUUCUUAUUGGUUUCGCAACCCUAAGAACAUGUUUUUUUUAAAUUAUUGAAUAAGAAUUUACUUCUGUAAUAUUCAUAUUCUUGUUACAAAGAUUUGUUUAUUAGUCUUA